CAGUUACAGACGGGUCCUCCUCCCUUCUGCUUCCGACGUACCAAACGUUAUCCCUCAUACAGUGAAACGAUUGUGGAAGCGUUUAGACUUUACUGUAAACGAAGGAAAUAGCAGUGAAUCACUAUUUAGCCGUAAACGUGGAUGUCAUUACAGCGCCUACACUGUAUGGGAACUUUUACGGUUAUUAGCUGACUUUGUAACGAAGAAGAAUGGAUUUUAACGUCAAAAGAUUCGCUGCGGACGCCGGUACUUUCCUCAGUCGCGCAGUUCAGUUUACUGAAGAGAAACUCGGACAGGCAGAGAAAACAGAAUUGGACGCCCAUUUGGAGAACCUCCUGACGAGAGCAGAAUGCACUAAGCACUGGACAGAGCGGAUCCUCAAACAAACAGAAGUCCUUCUACAGCCAAACCCAAAUGUGAGAAUAGAAGAAUUCUUGUAUGAGAAGCUUGAUAAGAAAGUUCCAACCCGGGUGAACAACCAUGAGCUGCUCGGCCAGUCCAUGAUCGAUUCCGGAAAUGAAUUUGGACCAGGAACCGCCUACGGUAAUGCCCUGAUCAAAUGUGGAGAGACGGAGAAGCAGCUUGGCGGAGCAGAGAGGGAGUUUAUCCAGAGCUCGGCCAUCAACUUUCUGACGCCUUUUCGGAAUUUUCUGGAGGGGGAUUUUAAGACUAUCUUGAAAGAGCGCAAGCUGCUCGCCAACAAGCGUUUGGAUCUGGACGCGGCCAAGACGAGACUAAAGAAGGCCCGGAUGGCCGAUGCCAGAGCCCUGGCAGAGCAGGACUUGAGGAUGACUCAGAGUGAGUUUGACCGACAGGCCGAGAUCACCCGGCUCCUCCUGGAGGGAGUCAGCAGUACCCAUGCACACCAUUUGCGCUGUCUGAACGACUUUGUGGAGGCCCAGACAACAUACUAUGCACAGUGUUACCAGUACAUGGUUGACUUGCAGAAACAGCUGGGAAGCUUCCCUUCCUCCUUCGCUUCCAACAACAACCAGCCGUCUGUGAGCGGUGGAGCCAGUGUGUCGGUGCCAACCCUGCCCCUGACGUCCAGUCUGCCCAGUGGCCGUGCCUCCUCCUCUUCCUCCUCCUCCUCCUCUGCCUUUAACGAGCUGCGCAGUUGCAGCGGUAGCCGCAAGGCCCGUGUGCUCUACGACUAUGACGCCGCUGGCAGCAGUGAACUUUCCCUGCUCGCAGACGAGGUGAUCAUGGUGAGCAGUGUCCCAGGCAUGGAUCCUGAUUGGCUAAUGGGCGAACGCGGGAACCAGAAGGGAAAAGUGCCCAUCACCUACCUGGAGCUGCUGAACUAGGAAACCAUCACCAUUGGACCAGGGUUCGAGUCCCCACAGUCACUAUAGGACAGCUGCACCACAGCCAAGCAUCACUCAGCCCUGAUCGCCUAUUUAUAAUAAUAAUAAUAAUUCAUAAUUAUAAUAAUGAUAACAGUAAUAAUAAUAUAACAUGUAUGCAACAAUGCUUUCUAAGAGGUGCUUUUCUCCUCAUCUGUUUUGUUGUUAUCCGGGGUGCAUUUCUCGAAACCAUAGUUGCUAACUACGUUAGCUACUUUGUUGUUUGCAAUGCCAUUUCCCAUUAGCAACUACCCAAGUUGCUAACUGGCUAACAACUACACUUUCGAGAAAAUGCACCCCUGGUUUGGUGGACACCUCUGCCUUUUCUGCCACCCUGGGUGCUUGGACGGGAGGGAGGUGAAGGGUUGGAGUGGGGUGGGGUUGGGGGGGAUCCCAUACUGCCAAAACAUCUCAGAGAUCACCCCCACAGCGCCCUGCCUCCCCUGCACACUCUUCGUGACACCUCAGACGUGUUUACAGAACCCUAUACUCAGAUGACGUGUUGUUGUUUUAGGAAUAUCGAUUUAGGUGUGACUGACUCCUAAGUUGCCCAUCUAUCUCAAGGAAGGUUGCAGCUCAACGCAGGAGAAGAAGUGGUGGGGGAGGGUGUAUGUUUUUACAGAAAUUUUGUCCACUUUUUUUUUGCAAGAGAGAUAACACAAGAACGCACUUGAAUGUAGAGAAAGACUGAACAGUUUAGCUUGUCUGUUUUUUUGUUUUUCUUUCUCUCUGAGAGGUCAUGGUGUGAGUUGGAGCCUCUCGUGAGAAGUUUGUGCCUUUAAAAAGAGGAGAGAGCGAAAGAAGUGGAAGAGUGUGUGUGUGUGUUCCUCUCGGAGUCGGAGGGGUUGUUGUGUCCAGGGUUGACCAUAUCAGUAUCUUCAAAGGGAGCCUCCUCCAAAUUCCUUGAGAUUAGGGGAAUGAGGAAGACGACAGGCAAUCAAUUACAACAACCCAGGCCUACGUGACUCUCUCUCUCCCUUACUCCGUGCCUUGUGCUGGAAUGGUAUUAUAGAAAUCACAGUGAAACAUCUGAAUUUUCUAAUGUCUUAAGUUAAAUCCUUUUGUGCAUUUACAUUUAUUACAUAACUCACGAGUAUGAUCAUUACAGAUUUUUCAAAUCGGAAAAAAGAUAAAAAUAUAUAUAUGGACCAACUCUCUUCACUGCCAACCUUAACAAAAAAAAAAGAAACACACUCCAAUAUGCCGGCCUCCUCCCCCCUCCUCCCUCAGGGUCCUCUGUGCUGUUAAUAACAUGUGCAUUAGCUUGUGCUCGUGAGCUAGCAGGACGGGACGGAUGGAGCCUUAAGUAUAUCUUAACGCCUUACAUAUGAGCAUAGCACAUUGGCUAUCUCACACAUUUUAGCCCUGGUCUUAACCUUCAAUACCAGGGCUCUACAUUUUUCAUCGCCAGCCAAAUGGCUAAUCUUACUAGCCAAACAGACACUCGCUAAUGGGUCAAAGUGGCUAGUAAGUAGGUAUUUUCUAACAGCCAAACAGCAAUUUCACCAGCAUUUGGCUGGUUGGCUGAUGUUAAUUUAGAGCCCUGCUCAGUACCGUACUAACCAGUGAUCUCUUAUUUCAUCACAGUGAUCUCUACAAUAGAGAUCACUGGUACUAACUUUUAUUUUCUGUCAUGUGCUAUCCAUACGCCUACUCUUUCAAACUAUUAUAUCCAGAGCAAUGUGUUCAUAAGUUAAUUGGUUUCUCUUGUAAAAUAACAGCUGACAGAAACACGGUUAUCCAUUUCUAAUGGCCUCUUUGUCUUUUGUUAAGUUGUUUUUAUAGAUUGUUGUAAAGGAUGUAAGCAUUAUGUAUUAAAGUCCCUUGUGGUAUAACCUGUA